ACAACCAAAAUCAGCAUCUCCAUUUCAUAAAAACAACAAAAUUGCCGGGUUGUACUCAUUGCUUCAGAAGGAACAAGUUAGUUUGAUGAGAGAUGCACUGAACUCAAACCAACCGUACAAGCAAAAUCUGGCCGGCAAAACCAGCCGGAGUUAGUUAUCGGCCGCCAGAAACUCGUGAUUUGUGAACCCUACAAAAGGAAACAUGCCACAUAAUUGACUCGCAGCAGAUCGGACCACCAUUCCGCUCCGGGAUUCCACGAUUGCGCCUUAAAUCUGCGCGAUUUAUAACAUUAUAACAUAGAUUAUAUAAAGAAAGUUCAUGGACCUAUUGUUUCUCUAAUCUCCAUACUCUAUCGUAGAAAUAAUACAUGGAUUUUUUAAUUUUUUUUUAUACUAUUUUACUACAUUUUUUGUCUAAAUGUGCACAUGAUAAUUUUUUUUUUCUUUCAAAUUUUGGUCAAUUAUUUUGCUGAAUCUGGUUGUCUAAAUCUGAUUAUUUUCCAACAAGAUUAGCAUAUCAGAAGGCGGCAAUGGAUGUGGUUCAAGCAGUACCUGAAAAUGUAGAUUCUGGUUAUGAGACAAAAAUUACUGAAAACACCCCGGUGACUAACACUUCAGAGAAAACUGGAGGCGGUCUUGACUCCAGAUCUCGGAGAAGAAGCAAGUAUUUAUCUUACCCAUACACAAAUAGUGGACCAAGACAUAAAGAUUCACCAGCUGAAAAAAGAAAAUCAAGAACUCCAUGUCUUGCUCUUAAAACAAAGGCUUCAAGCAAAACUAGUAAGCCUUCAAAUGGAUCUUCUUUAUCUGCUAAACCGGGUAGCAAGAGGUUCCGAAAUAACUGGUACAGAAAAUUCAUCAGCUGUAGUAGUAUGUCUAGCAGUCCAAAAUUCAUCCAUGCUUCUUCCGGCGAUUUACUUUCAGGAUUAUAUUCUAUAGCUGUUGAUUGUAUGUCUCCAAUUGAGAAUAAAAGCUUUGAUUUGGUUGAGUGGUUCUUCUGCAAAUAUAGAAUAUCCAAAUUUCACGAUGAGGCCGAACUUGCUACUUCCAUGGUUAGUGUGAAUGGAGGAAAAACUGCAAAACUUCUGAGCAAUGAUUUACUGGAUACCGAAAGUGAGAAGAAGAGAAAGAAUACUAAAAUGGAAAAUGCAGUAAAGCGAAAAAUGAAAUCUCUUUCUGGCCUAUUAGAUAUGAAGACCGAAGUUUCUACAGGUGACUGUGCGGGUUCUCGGAGAAAACUUACACCAAAAAGGAAGGUGGAAGACAUGACCUCAUUGCAUCCGCUGCAAAAUACUGAGACAACUAUAAAUGAGAGUGGCAACAGAUAUGGCUCAAUUCUUGAAACUCCCCAAAGUCAUAGUUGCCUUGCUUCUGAACGAAAGACUAGGCCUAAAAAGAGACAGAAGUUGAUAGCUGCACAAGAGCAUCAAGGUGCUCAAUUUGCUUCAUAUGUGGAUGCAAAAAGCACCAAAGGCAGCUCAUUAGUAAUAGAUUUGCAGGUUAUAUCCCCACCUAUACCUGUUGUUAUUCAUGAGAAAAGUAAUGGGGAAAAUAAGGAUGGACUAGUUUUUAAAGUUUCAAAUCCAGAGAUACGUGCCUCCCAAGGAGAACUUGAUGGAAAUGUUACUGGUAGAAACUUGUUAGUGAGUACUGCAUCAGAGGCUGGUACUGCCACCCGUGAAGGACUUGUAGGAAAUAUUACUAAUCAUAACCUGUUGGUAAAUGCUGCAUCAGAUCUAAACUCGGUAUCUCAGUUAGGAUUUGUUGGAAAUAUUACCAACCACAACUUGUUAAGUUAUACUACAUCAGAUGUUGGCAUUGUCACCAUAAAUAAAACAGGCAUGAAGAAUAGAAAAGAGAAAGCACCAGUGAAGCGUCCCAAUACUAAACAUGCUACAGCGAUACCUGAUUUGAACAGCACUAGCUUUGAGUCCUGUUCAACGAGAAAAGAAUCUGCGACUGUCAACUUCCUUUCACCUGAAUUGAAGUCAGAGAACCCAAAAAUCUUAUCUGCUUGUUCGAGACAUACCAAAACUGUAAACUUUGAUAGAGUGGAAGACAAUGGAGAGUCACCUGGAACCUUUCUCUUCCUACAAUUUACUCCAGGAGUUGAUUUUCUAUCAAAAGAUGAUUUGUUGAGAACAUUUUGCCGGUUUGGUCCCUUGAAAGCAGCUGAAACUCAGUUGAUGAAAGACACUGGUAGUGCUCAAGUUGUUUUUGUUAGAGGCACUGAUGCAGCAGAAGCGUGUCGUACUUUAGAGCAUAACAACCCAUUUGGUGCAACUCUUGUGGGCUACAGGCUCCAUCAUCCACCUGUGGCGGCUCCACCAUUGGCGCAUUUUCUGACCCCAACUCAACCAACUAGGUCUAUGUCAAUGCCUGGUGAGGCACCUCCUCCUCUUCAGUUUAUUAAGCAGAACUUGCAGAUGAUGACAUCAAUGCUGGAGAACUCGGGGAAUAGUCUUUCUCCCCAGAUGAGAGCUAAACUGGACACUGAAAUAAAAAAUCUUUUGAGAAAGGUGAAUUCCAAGGGUACAGUAUGAAAGAUUAGAAUGGAAUUCCUAUUUAAAUCAAGCAUAUCAUUGUAGUGAGGUUAUUAGUAGAGAUUAGACUAGUUUGAGUUUCUGAUGCAACCGUUAUUUUGUUGGACUUUCCUCCCGAUUCUUUGACUUUGCACAAAAUGGCGCAAGGAUAUUUUGUUCAUGGCUGUCAUUUGACUCUACCGUCCAGAUCAAAUAUUUACCAAGCCUUUCAUUCAU